CCGCGCUGUCAUAUGACCUGCUCGGUAAACAUGGCGUUCGUAUCUGCUCGUAAUGUUUUGGCAGUAACCGUUUAUUUUUGGUGUUUCGUGUGUGUUCGAGCUGAAAUCCGUUCUGCUGUUAUUCACGAUGACACCGGACAGCUGAUCAUCGUUGAAGGUUACCGAGAAGACUUUGUGGCCUGGACAAAUUUUACAGACGACAUUAAAGCAUCAGGUUGGUCUUUCUUGGAGGUUACUACCAGCAGUCAGUACAAUGACAGUAUCCAGGCUUAUGCUGCUGGUGCAGUGGAGGCUGCGGUUACAUCCGAGCUUAUCUAUAAGCACUGGAUGAACACUCUGGUGGGCUACUGUGGACCCUUCUCAGCUGAGUCUGGGUACUGUGAGCGCCUGAAGGAUUACAUCACAGCCAAUUUGCAGUGGGUUCAGGAACAAAUAGCCGAACAACCAAGCUCACCCUACUGGCACCAGGUGUAUCUGGCCCUGCUGCAGCUGAAAGGUCUGGAGGACAGCUACAAUGAGCAGUUGUCAUUUCCAGUGGGCUCAUUCUCAAUCAACCCAUUUGGCUUUUUACUUUUCCAGAUCGGUGGGGAUCUUGAGGACUUGGAAGCAGCUCUGAACAAAUCUGUCCAAACCAGAGCCCUGGGAUCUGGUUCCUGCUCUGCUCUCAUCAAGCUGCUGCCAAAGAAUAACGAGCUGCUGGUGUCACAUGACACUUGGAAUAACUACCAGUCUAUGCUGCGUGUGAUAAAGAAAUAUAACUUUGCCUUCACAGUUUCUUCAACAGGCAGUGGGCUUAUUCCUGGAAGAAGCCAGGCAUUCUCAUCUUAUCCUGGAUCUAUCUUCUCUGGAGAUGACUUUUAUAUCCUUAGCAGUGGCUUGGUUACCAUGGAAACCACAAUUGGCAACAGCAAUCCUGAUCUGUGGAAAUUUAUCAAACCUGAAGGAGCAGUCAUGGAAUGGCUGAGGAACAUUGUGGCCAAUCGACUGGCUUCUUCUGGUAAAGAGUGGGCGGAGAUAUUCAAGAUGUACAACAGCGGAACGUAUAACAACCAGUGGAUGAUUGUGGAUUAUAACUACUUCACUCCAGGGAAGGUCGAUCUUAAUGAGGGACUCUUUGUUGUGUUGGAGCAGAUUCCAGGACUGAUUGUUUACGCUGACAAAACUCUAGAGUUGCAGCAAAAAGGGUACUGGGCAAGUUACAACAUUCCUUACUAUGUGGAGAUAUUCAAUGCCAGUGGCUGCAAUGAGCUGGUGAAGAAAUUCGGCCCGUGGUUCUCUUUGGAUGAGAACCCCCGGGCUAAGAUCUUCAGGAGAAACCAGACAGAUGUCACAGAUGUGGAUUCAAUGAUUCGCCUCAUGAGGUAUAAUAACUUUAAAGAAGACCCACUGUCACGCUGUGAUGGCUGUAAUCCGCCUGCAAAUGGGGAGAACGCCAUCUCAGCCCGGUCAGACCUGAACCCAGCUAAUGGCACUUACCCAUUUGGUGCCUUAAGACAGAGGUCACACGGAGGAACCGACAUGAAGAUGACCUCUUAUGAGAUGUUCCGUGAGUUUGGAAUGGUGGCAGUGAGUGGGCCAACGUGGGACCAGGUACCACCCUUCCAGUGGAGCACUUCCCCUUACAAAGACCUGAUGCACAUGGGUCACCCUGAUACCUGGGCAUUCAAACCUGUUAAUGUUAAAUGGCCUUAAGUGCUGGUAUAAAGCAACACUGUGCUUUUAGUAAUUUUGACAAAGGGAAGUAGCAUCUAAUCCAGAGCAAUGUGGCAUUUACGUAUUAAUUUUCUGUGAAAUGGCUAUGAUGUUUGACAGUUGCAGUAUAACAGGUAUAUUGAGCUUGGAAUGUGAGCUCGUAUUCUACAGAAAUGUAAUCAUUUGCAAUUUUUUAAACUAAUAUUUUAGAAUUUUAUUUCUUACUCUUAAUAAUGUGGCAGUUCCACUUUGUAAUUUUAUCACUUUACGCAGUUAGUGGAGUGUGAUUACUGAUUGAGAAAUCACUCUUAUUGCAGUAAAUAUUUUUUUUAAAGACAAUUUCAUGAUUCAUGUGCUGUAAUUUAUUAUUUUUUAUAUAAAUAUGUGCAUCCUCAGUCUUGAUUUACCCUCCACACACCUUAAAUAAACUGGAGUUUUUAAAUCGA